CAGGGGAGAACAUGAGAGCAGUGAAGCAUGAAGGAGGAAGCACGAGGGAAUUUUCUGUUAGCCGAGUGAAGAUGCUUAAAAAGGAGAGUAUCAGUGUGCCGGAGGAGAAACACCACAGAGAGACCCAGUACAGAGGGACAGCACAGAGGACAGGACCAUGACCUGGACUGCUCUCAUCAUCUGUUCUCAUCUCACACUUCUCCUCAUGAUCCUGGAGACAGGACACACUGCUGACAACACCACCAGAGUGCUGGCAGCUACAGCUCCAGGAGAUAUCAUCAUCGGAGGAAUGUUUCCUGUUCAUACCACUGUGGAGAAGAGAAAGGAUGGAUCGUAUGAACCUUAUCCUCUGCCGUGUAUCAAGUUCAAGAAGAAAGCCCUGGCCAUGGUUCUGGCUAUGAUCAACGCUGUAGAGGUGAUGAAUAAAUCCCCUCUACUGACGGAGACGAACAUCACUCUGGGAUACCGGAUAUUGGACUCCUGCGCUGACGUCAGCACGACUCUGAGAGCAACCGCAGAUUUCAUGGGGAGGGAAGGAAGCAACACCUCUACCAGUAGACAGCCAAUCAUGGCUGUUAUAGGUCCCUCACAGUCGGGGACAACCAUCGCCAUGGCCAGGCAACUGACGCUCAGGAUGAUUCCUCAGAUAAGUUUUUCAGCGACCGCUGUGACUCUGAGUGAUAAGACCCGCUACCCUGCCUUCAUGAGGACCGUCCCUAAUGACAAGCACCAGACAGCUGCCAUGGUCCGUCUGAUCAAGACCUAUGACUGGAACUGGGUGGGCAUCAUUACCUCGGAUGGAGAGUAUGGGCGGUCAGCUCUUGAACUCUUUCUGACCCAGGCCUUAAAAAAUAAGAUCUGUGUGGCUUUCAGUUCAGUUCUCCCGGGCCCCGAGAACAGCCCGGAUUUCAAGCAAGUAAUCAAACAGGCCGCCAGAAACAUCCGUACCAAUAUCAAUGCCAAGGUCAUCGUGUCAUUUGCCAGGACAGAUCAAAUGACGCUCCUUUACCAGGAGCUGAAGGACCAGACGCUGAGAGAAGGAAAGGAAGUGGAUUCGAUGAGACGAGUCUGGUUGGCCAGUGACAGCUGGUCCUCCUCCAGCUCUGUCACAGGAAACCUCACUCUGAAGGACAUAGGAGACGUUGUGGGCUUCACCUUCAAAAAUGGAAAUGUAUCAUCACUCACUGAGUACCUGGAUAGGCUGGAGGCAGCCGGACAUCAACACACAGCGAAUAACUCCUUCCUGCAGGAGUUCUACCAGCAGCUAAAUGACAGUAACUUCUCUACAGACGCAGAGCUGGUGUCUGAGGCUGUGAGGGUCCUCAAAAAAGAGAUUAAUAAUGACACUGUCUUCAGUCUAGAGAUGGCUCUGAGCGCCAUCGCUCAUGCUGUGGCGUCUGUCUGCAGGAGCAGAGACUGUAAAACACCAGGCAGUGUGCAGCCCUGGGAGGUGCUGGAGGCUCUGAAGAAGCAGGGGUUUAAAUAUGGAGGGAAGAGCUACAACUUCAACGAGGAAGGAGACUUACUCCUGGGCUACGACAUGAACCUGUGGAGGUCCGACGGAGGAGAAAUCCACAUCAAUGAAGUCGUGGCUGAGUACGACUUACUCACCAACAACUUCACUUACACCAACCACAGCACCACCCAGCAGCUCGUGAAACUGAAGGACAUCAAGUCUAAAUGCUCUAACAGCUGUGUCCCUGGAGAGAUUAAGAAGACAGCUGAAGGUCAACACAUCUGCUGUUACGAGUGCAUCAACUGUACAGCGAACCACUACUCUAAUGAGACAGACAUGGACCAGUGUCUGAGCUGUGACACAGAAACAGAGUGGUCUUCAGAGCGCAGCUCCGUCUGCACCCCCAAAACCCUGACCUACUUCUCCUGGGACGACAGCUUCGCCGUGGCGCUCGUGACCUUCACUGCCCUGGGCAUCGUCCUGGUUCUGAUGGUAUCGGCUCUGUUCUUACACCAGCGUGACACUCCGGUGGUGAAGGCUGCCGGGGGGCCCCUGAGCCAGGUCAUCCUCUUCUCUCUGGUCGUCAGCUACAUCAGUGCCAUGCUGUUUGUGGGUCAGCCCAACUCUCCCCAGUGUAAGGCUCGACAGGUGCUGUUUGGCAUCAGCUUCACUCUGUGUGUCUCCUGCAUCCUGGUCAAGACCCUGAAGAUCUUGCUGGCCUUCCAGUUCAAUCCUGAGCUGCAGGAGGUUCUGCGGAGGUUCUACCGGCCCUAUGUCAUCGUCAGCAUCAUUGUGGCCUUGCAGAUAGUUAUCUGCGUCUGCUGGAUGGUCCUCGAUGGCCCUUUUGAAAUGAUCAACUCCGAACCCAAUAUUCUGCUGAAGCAAUGUGCUGAGGGCUCAGUAGUUGCCUUCUGGAUGAUGUUAGGCUACAUAGCCAUCCUAGCUUUUGUGUGUUUCGUUUGUGCCUUCAAAGUACGCAGACUUCCACAGGACUACAACGAGGCAAGGUUCAUCACCUUCAGCAUGCUGCUCUACCUGAUCUCCUGGCUGAUCUUCAUCCCCGUUUACAAGACCAAUUCAGGAAUAUACCAGUCGGCGGUGGAGAUGGUCAUCAUCCUCAUCUCCAAUUACGGCAUCCUCAGCUGCCAUUUCUUCCCAAAGUGCUACAUAAUCCUCUUUAAGAAGGAGAAAAACACCAAGAGUGCUUUCAGGAAGAAUCUGUACGAGUAUUCCAAUAAAACCAGUGACUGUUUCUCUGUGUCAGGGUGUUCAGGGUCAGAGUUCCAGUCCAGCAGUCAGCUCGUCACCAUCAGUGCUCUGUCCCUCUCUGUGCCUGCAGAUCACCCUCUCAAACCUGCUGUGGUGACGGACAGCAGAGACACGAACACACCUGUGCACCCGUGCAGAAGACGGCACAAGGGGCACUGCCUCAGGAGAAGCAUCAGCAUGUGACUGACAGUAGAAAUCUUUUGUAAAUUCUAAAGGCUUUACAUUUCAAGAUCUGAAGUGAGAGGUCACGUGUUUUUUAGAUAUAACCUGAGGACGCUCUGUGAAUACUGGACUCUUGUAUACUGGUUGUCAUGUCAGCAGACAUCAGCGCUCACACAGACAUUACAGUCUGCAGACUGUUACAGCUGAUAGUGUGUUUGCAUACUCCACCCAAUCAGCCAGAGCCUGGGUGUAGCUGUGGUUAGCUGCCAUCCUGGGACUUUGUCUGUAGCACUGAGGGUAUGUGACCACAGCUGCCACCCAGCAUGAGCCUGUCUGUGUUCAGUUAGUGAGUUAUUUCAUCCCACGGGAAGUAAAGAUUGGAAACAGAUGGAAGAACAUAUGUUACAGAGCCUAAACAUUGAUAUGUUUAUAUUUCAUGAAAACACUGCCAAAGCCCAACUGAAGCAUCACUUAACAUGAAGUUAUGUACAAAGAUCCCUGGAAUCAACACAGUCUCUUCAAUAAACCAGCCACUUCGGCAGAAGCCAAAUAUCACAGUAAAUACAGUCAUAAAAUGGAAUAAAUGGACAGACGUAGGAAUAAAAUAUAAACAAAUAUUCUCUAGUAACUGCUUUAAAACCUUUAAUGAAUCCAUCAAUGAACAUAAAUUUCCAAUAAGUGAAUAUUUACAUUACACCAUUCUACAGCUUUCUGUUAAAACACUUACAAACUGAGCACAGACAUGCACAAAGUUGAAAACAUACUUUUUAAGCACAACUUGUUCCAUAGAAAUAUUCAAUCAAACAUUUUUACACAAUGUUAAAUUUAAGAGCUGUGCAGUGAAAUGGAUCAGGGACCUCCAUACACUAAAGGAUAUUUCCUGGAGGGACAUGUAGAACAACUGAAGUCAGCCCUUCAAAACACCAAACAGACUAUAUUACCCUCCAUCACCAUGUACAGAAUGGGAAUAUGGGGUGAUAGUUAAUGUAUAAAGUGUGGUGCUGCUGGAGAAACUCUGCUCCGUCUGCUGUGGGACUGACUCAAAAUGAAAGAGCUCUGGUUUGGAAUAACAGAGGACCAACACUAACACAGCCAUUCCACUCACACCUCAAACAUUUACAUAGCUUCAGCAGAGUUCCUUCAAAGAAUAAAAAUGUCUUUCUCUCAUUAUGUACGCUCACAAAGAAGGUAAUGAUGAACUACUGGAUUUCCCCAAACACACCAACACACAAAGAAUAAGAAAAGGUAGCUUUUAGACUAGAGAAGAAUGAGCCAGAUUAUAAUGUGACAUGGACUCCAGUGGAAAGACACCUACUGUCAAUAUAAAGAAGGAGGGAAGCAGGGAAAAAAUCAGACAGCAAUAUUAUAUCCUAUUACUAUUAUUAUUAUUAUUAUUAUAGUGUUGUUGUUGUUGUUGUUGUUGUUGUUGUUGUUAUGAUUUCGUUUUCUCCUCUGAUGUAGACGAGACCGACAACACUUUCUGAGUAACUCUCUCAGUUACUCAGAGACUUUUCGUUCCAGACCAACCAAACGUUCACAUGUUAAAUUUACAUCUGCAGCUAGUCGCCCAUACCAUUUAAAGAUGAUUAAAAAUACAUUCAAUUUCACUAAUUAACUUUUGCUUUUUGUCUCAAUAAGAAUAGUAUUCUGAAAGUGUGAAUUAUUUUACAAUAAUAUUAUAGUAUUAUUUAUUUAUUUAAUAAUAUUUAUCAUAGUUAUUUUUUGCUUUUGUAAUGUUUUGUGUAGAACAUAGAACUUACUUAAAUCUGUCUAUUUUAUUGCUAGUAAUAAUCAGAUCAGGCAAAUAUAUUAUAAGACUAUGAGAGGCUAUAACAAAAUAAUUCUCAAAAUAACUUCUUUGUAUUUUAUGUUAAAAUGAACAAUUAUUGUUGCAUUUGUUUUGCUAUGGGACAAAAUCAGCUGCAUAUUUUGUUUAUUUUGAACUAAAACAUUGAAACACACUGUUGUGUGGUCUGUUGUGAUUUAGCUGCUCAGCUUGGAGACAGUUACAACAACUUGUUUCAUCCGUCUUCAUCCUGUCAGCCAUGACAGAACAUCAGAGCUAGACACGCUGACACACGCUAAUCAUGUCAUUAGAAGUCAACACAACAAAGAUUCAAACCAGGAAAGUUUGAUUAAUUCAAACUAAAAAGCUCAGGACAGUUUGACAAAAAUACAGCUUGUGAAAAAAAACUUUCGUACCAAAACAAUAAAUGAACAAAAAAUAAAUUAAGCAGCAGCAAGUGUUGAAUGUGUCUUCUGUCUUCUUGGUGGGGGGAGGGUCUAAGUGAGCAUGAGCAGUAUGUCAUCACUCUUGGUUAGAAAUGAUGGGCUCACUUGUUUGCUGAAUUAAUACUAGCAUUAUGUAACUUUUGUCCUUUCUGUUUGUAUUGAACUAAUAAAGGGAAAAGAAAAUCAUGUCUGUGUUCACACGUCUGUGACAAACAAGGGCGUAGAUUUGCAUAUGGAUGGUGGGGACAGUUCACACUGUGUUUGGAGUAAAAUCAUUAUAUAAUCCCUGUGCCCUACCAGAGGCUACGUCUCCAGGACAACUGAUUUAAGCAUUUGAUUGGCUGAAAGGGCGGGGACAAUAUCACACUUAUUGUCAGAUAUGGCGGUCAGUGUGCACGGUCGUAGUCAAAAGAGACAUCAGGAGCUUUUUCACCAUCCAAGAGCGUCAGUAAUAUGUAGUAAACUAAUUAUCCAUCAGUCACAGUUAUUCAAAACCUGUUAUAGCUACCUAACCCCGCCAGCCUCACAUUAUUAGAUUGUUGGU